UGAGAUUUAAUGUGUUGUUGCUUUCCGCCUAGUACAGCCAGUGCUAAUAUUUUGGGUUAGAUUCAUCGUCACGUAAUAUCUCAAAAGGACACACACACACACACACACACACACACACACUGGUUAUCGUGUGUCACACUGGGUGUAAUCUGCUAAACUCCGCCCCCGACGGCUCCUCCAGCUGAUCGCCUGUGUUCCAUGUUUAGGAUUGUUGUGAUGGGAGGCCGCAGCCAUCUUGGAUCAGCGCCGCUCCGCACCGAGCAGCAGCAGGAGAGGACGGCCGACGUUAACGGCAGUUAGCUAACGUUAGCCGCUCGGUCAGAUUACCCACAGUCGGAGUCGCUGCGCGGUGCGAGUAUGUUCUACGCACGGUUUUUGUCCUCUAUAAGUGAAGCUUUGACUGCUUAAAAAUGGGUUUUGAGGGUAUCAAGGGAAUAACGUUAUAAAUCCGGAGAGGGCGGCGACGGUGCAGAGCCUGAGUAUAUUUGUACAAAUUUCUGAAUAGAGGAGUUACUAUGAAUGGAGGAUAAAUGUUGCCAAAGGCUGACAGCAGCAGUUUCGUCCUCUUCUCUCUUCUCUUCGUCCUCACGUUAACGGACCCACCACGGACAGGUAAGCAAAUCUGAGUUGUGCUUUUGUCUCUGCCUUUGCAUGCAAUCCCGAGGGCUCGUCUGUGGAGCGGGGAAACCGAGAUUACAGCUGGGUCAGGCGGAAAGGCCUGCUGGAUAAACCGGGGUACUCCGGUGGUUUCAAACCGCUGCUGAGUUCACGCUGGUCAGUGUGCGGGACCGCCUUGAGUCGCUGCCUCAAGCUGGCAAUUUUUUUUGCACAACAAAACGUGUUUUUAUCCACCCUCGUCGGCUCCUAGUUAACAACAGUUAAUUCAACAUUAAUACGACAAUUGUGGCCAAAUAUUAUUUGAAAAAAAGCUAACGCCAUUUUUCACCGAUAAGCAAUAACACUAUGAACGGUAGGGCAAUAAACUGUAACCUAAUACACUAGCUCUACCAUAAUUUCCACUUAAAACAACCUUCUACGUUUUAAUGUGGAAUAAAUAGUCAUAUAAAUGGUAAUUGUCCGUAGAAACAAAUGUUAAAGUUGUACUUAGUAUUAAGAGUGUACUUGAGUUCAUUAUGUUUAAAGGUGUUCCUAAUGUUUUGCUCCCCUCGUGGUUAUUAAUGGAGUGGACAAAAUAAUGGAAACACCUUUCAAUAUAAUGUACUCAACCACACUACCACCACCACCCGUUCCAUCUUCAACAAUAAAUAUAAAGUGAAACGAUUACCAAAAACCGGAUGUUUAGAAGCUUCCUUAAAGUAUAUUCUGUGUUAGAGCUGUUGUAUUGGAGACAAUGAGAUUUCCCAGAUGUUCAUAAUUUGGUUUGGCUGGUCAAUGUUAAAAUAUAUGCAUGUUUUAACAACUACUAAGUUAGUUUUGGCUGCAGUUUAUAUGCACAUGGAAAAUAUCAAAUAGAAAUUUAGCAUUGCAUUAGGUUAUAGGCUUGCAGGCCUAGUACCAAGUUGUGUUUUUGUCAUUGUAGUGUGUCUUAACCUUAAAGCUUACAUUUGACAUGCACCUCAUGAACUGGCUGUCUCACACUGGUUCAUAUCUUAGUUACAUUUUCAAACCGAUCAGCACUAAAUAACAGAAGUUUCCUCUUGACAGUAGCCCCAAAAUGCUUUGGACUAUGAGACCUAAUCAAUAAAAUGUGAUGUAAAUCCAUGUAUGUUUUAUAUUCCCUGCGUUAUGAUUUAUUGUCAUGUGCAAGACAUAUUAUGGGUAGUUCUUGACUUACUAAGAUCCUACAAAACUCCUCAAAUACUGAAAAUAGCACUGCACUGGCAUGUAGCAGUCUUCUGCAGGUAAUCAUACUUGACAUGUAAUGGCAGUGUUUCAUGAGCCUAACUAGGAAAUUAUUUUACCUCAUUUGUCUUAAUUCAAAGCCCAUGCUUGUGUUGUGAAUGCCAAUGCUUCCUUGGCUCUUUGCUAGAUACAUUUUAAGUAGCAAGAAGACAAACGCUUGUUUGGAUCCUUACAAUCGUGUGGAUUAGAGAAACUGUUAUCAAUUCUAGUCAUGGAUAAACACGUUAUUGUUUGGCCGAAUCCAAAGGAGCAACUGGCAUUGCUGCCCAGAAAACACAUUGCACACCUUAUUGUUCAUCUGUGUGGAGGUUUAGUUCUUGGACACAUAUUGAGUUCAUGCUAAAAAGCCCUCUGAGGUUCAUUUGCACUCAAUUGCAGGAUGUAAUCAAUUUUAAUCAUUUAGCUUUGCAAAGGUGAAUUCAUUUACUUUUCUGAUAAGCACACAGCCCUUUGUUUAAUAAGGUAACACGUUAAGGCUAUCUGUCUAUCGCUCUUAAAUCAAAUACUUCCUGGUUUUCAAUUUGCAUUUGCAUAUCUUUGGCACCUUGUCAUUGGGCUUUUACAUGUGGACUUCCUUUUAUAAAUCCUACCCAAGCUGUGUCACAGAAAGUCUCUUUGUAAAGCAUGAUAUUGCCUGUCAAGUUCAGACGUCCAAAAAGCUUGAUGUCCUCAUGACUUGGGCACUGAGCUGAAAAAUAAUCCAAUUUGCUGGCACAUAAUUUAAAAAGUAUCGACAGCUGUGAACAUGAAAUACUUCUGCCAAACAGGUAGGCUCAAGCAAUCCCACAGAAGUUCAAAAUGUGUGCUAAAUUAGCAGAGAAACUUGUAUCAUUACUCUAAUAUUGCAGGUCUCCUCUGAACCCGCAGGAGUUGAUAUGUUGGCUUUAAUUCCACCCAACAGGCUGCACUUGGCCUUGAUAAAUUCCGAGACUUUUAUAAUUGGCUUACCUGAUUUCCACACUUGUUCCACAUCAGAUCGUAUCACGCAAAGUAGGUGUCUCCUGAGAGGUAAAGACGUUGUUCAGCUGUGCUUGAGCCACUUUCAGGUGACCAAAGAUUCUUGCAUGUCUCAGAAAGCUCUUUUGUGAUAGCCUUAAAUUGGUGCAAACUGGUCGGGAUAUUCGCUUGUCAGCAGCAAAGUUGCAGGCUUUACACAUUCUACAUUUAGUCAAGUUAAAAAUAUCACAAGAAACAGUUUAAAUGGCCAAGUUCCAAAUGCAAAUGAUUAUAAUAUAUAAUGGCAGAAUUGCAGUUUUAAAAUCAGCUGUUCGAGAGGAUCCAAAAAUGUACGAGCAGGAACAGAAACAGUCAUGUACACAUAUCAGGGCAGAGCAGUGGCCUCACAGAAAAUCCAUGUUAAUGUCCUUUGGUCAUGAUCAAACUGCAUGUCGGGUGGAUUUAAGAUUUUUAAAUGUAUGUAUGCAUAUUGCCAGGAUUGCAUACAAAGUAGUGCCAUGGUAAAGUCAUGCUUUGGGGUAUUUUCGCCUCUGUGAGAUAGGACAGCUGAGGAGAGACAGGAAAUACGGGGGGAAACAUGCAGGACAGGAUCACGACCGCUGUGACAAAGACUGUUGCCUCUGUAAAAGGGGCACAUUUCGACUGCUAGGCCAUUGACGCCCAGUUUAAUAAAUGGUAGAUCUCAUUGUCACGAUUGGAUCAGAACUCUAUAGAACUCCGUGGUGCCCCCCUCUCCCCAUUUCUCUGUAUAAUGACAGUGAUCUGUGGUGGAUAAGUAUUGCAGGUUUUUUCCACAAGCCGGCUGUCGCUCCCAGCCUCAGAGUCAGAGCCUGACUGUGUUUUCACGACAACUCUGUUUUCCAAUGACAGCACUCUGUGAAUUCAUCAUUUAGAGCUGCAAUUAUGCCAUCAAACCAGUGGCAUUACUAAUUCGGUGGCGGUGCUGAGUCAAAAUCAACUGAAUGUGGGGUAGAAGUUGCUGCCAAAAAGAGAAAAGUGAACAUUUUCCUGCAGAGAGCAUUUCUUUUAAUUCAUAUAUUAUGCAGGGGGAAAAUGUAACUAUAAUACACUGAUCUCCCAAUGGACCUUCAACUUACAGAAGGAUCAUGUAAAUGAGAGAACCAUCACCAUUUGUUUGUGGGAUCUCUAACAGAGUCAUACUAAGCAACUCCAGACACCAUGAUCAAAUGUCCUGUUAUGGUUUUGUUAUGUUCACAUUCAUUUCGUCCAUCAAUAGCAGUUUUUCUUUCUGCGGCAGUAUUGUACUGACUACAGUGUGUUGAAUUAUUGAUUUAAUAAACAUUAGCGCCUAAUAUCUUGGUAACAGUGUGUCAGUAAGUAGUUCAAAAGUUGAUUGUUGCCUUUUAAUAUUCACAGAAGCAGAGAGGAGACACAAAACUGAGAGGUCAUGAUUAGGGCCCGGCCAAUUUAUCGGCGAGUCGGUUAAAUCGGCUAAUUUUAGCCCGUUUGAGACUAAUCGGUAAUCGGCCAAAAGUCGCCGAUUUUUGCCGAUAUUUUCAGAGAUAAAAGGCGGAAAAUAUGAUUCGGUUUCACUUCGAAAAUGUUCCGCCCAGACAAUUCCCAGACUUAUUAUCCUGUAGAUGGCGCACUGACCUCAUGACAAUCUUCAUCCACUAACUACCUCACAGCACAGCAGAGUGACGGAUCUGUAGCAGGCAGCUCAGGGAAGUACCGAGGAGAGUGGUCCGCCUCAAUGGUAAAUCAACUAGUUUGUGAAAUACUCAAUAAGUCAACUAGUUUCAGUUCAAUCCACUUAACGAUGUUCCUCGCUGUGCUGGUCUCGGUCACGCUGAGUUAACGGUGAAGCACCAUGUAAUAUGCAAGCUAAAGUUAGAGUUAGCCACCUGCUAUUAGCCUUGCUACCCUCUAAAGAGCUACCUCUCUUACUGAGGCAGCUGCAUGUCUCCUGAUGAGACCAGACUUGAAAUGAGUAAUGUGAGUUAAGACAUGAAGGCACCAAUUAUCUACAAUAAAUAGUAUAUUGUAGAUAUCGGCAUCGGCCCCAAAAAGUCCAUAUCGGUCGGGCACUAGUCAUUACUACAGGCCACAUUAGGAUAAGGGAUGUCCAGAUCCAAUAUUGAUAUCAGAUAUUGGUCCAAUAUCAGCAAAAAAAACGAAUAUCGGAUUAUAUCGGCCUGCAUCCAAAAUUUCCGAUAUCAGCACUCCGAUACAAACAGUCCAUUCUAGACUCCGCUCCAGCUCCUGUAUCUGGGAGUGAUGUCGGCCAUGUGGCAGUAUUUUUCGUCUAAUCCUGAAAAAGACGUUGCAGCUGAGCGCAGAAUUUGUCAUACACAAGUUUGUGCCAAUAUCGGAGCAAUAUCGGUAUCAGCCAAUACUGAAGGCUACAGUAUCUGUAUUGUAUUGGAAAUUUAAAAAAAUGUAUUGGGACACCCAUAAUUUGGACAUGUAUCAAUAACUGAAUGUCAAACCAGUGAGCUGUAUUGAUAAAUAAGAUGCAUAUAUUUAUCGUCCCAAAAUAACGCUACUUUAAUGGGUUCUCCUAUCUGUUUGAAGUUCGGGAGCACCAGUGCUUCCAAGUCAAAAGUUCAUUUUGAGCCCCGCUCCCGCUGUGUAUAGAUUUUUGUAUUACCGCAUUCCUGCCAAUACUCUGACGGCCCUGUAUGAUUUUGAGACUGUUCAGCAGAUAUGGGUCAUCGAAAGGCCACAAACCUCAGCCCAGACUGAACUUAUUGAAUGUGGGCCGCAGAUAGCUGUCAAGCACCAGACAAAGUCUGGUUUGGGUUCUUACAGUGCAGACAUGACAGGGACUCAAAAGACCAAAAUACUUUACAGACAUCAGAUUCAGCAAACAGUCUGCCGCUGCUGAACUGUUUAUUUUUCUAUGGGGCUGAGGAACACUGGCAGCAGUUUGAUCACUAUUUAUUCCUCAUAAAAAAAAAGUGGGCUGCAGUUUAACUACAGACAAACAUCAUCUAUCAGUACUUUUCAGAGGACUGAAGGAACUACAGCUGCAGCUGACAGUUAACUUGCAGUGACCCAAAUGUGAAGGAUUUGAAAUACAGCCAGAAGUUGUCACAGUAAUAUACUCCUAAGUCUUUCCCUUCCUUCAGCACAUUAUUGACGUGCAAUAGAGGAUAACUCAUCCACUUCCAACAGUGUUACAUUAGCUUUUUUCCAUUUGUCAAAAUAAAGUCAGUCCAGUAACAAAGGUCAUGUUUCUUCAGGGUUUCGGCCUUGAGCAGCAGCUAAAAAAUGCAUCAUAUCCUGUCAACAGAAGUGGGUGAAGGGGCCCAGACCUUCAGCAUGUUUCUUUCUUUCUGAGGAAAACAACUUUUUCACCUUCCCGUCUGAAACAUUUCGCAACCUCUUGCUCAUGCUCUCUACCUGUAUUGUCAGGCAGUUGAAUGUGUCAGGGAAGGAAAUGAGUACGUUGAGGGGAGAAGACCUGACAGUGUGUCAGUAUGAAGAGGUUUGACAGCAGAGAAUCAUGCACCCGCAGGUAGAUAAUGCUUAUUUUUCUGCACAUUAGAUGCAUGAAUAAACACUAAAGGAUGCACGGAUCCACCCUUUUGAAAAAUAAUAUAUGUGACAUAAUAAUUUCCUGACUCUGAGUAUUUCUUUUUACAUAACCGACUUGCCUUGAUUUCGACUCGGAGCGCUUUCAUCCACACUGUGGGGGAAAAUGUAUUGGCUUUAAACGUUGGCUGGCAAAAAGAAUACCAACUGAGAGUGCAUACCCACUCACUGCUUUUAACAGCGAAGCUCAGUGUUGAUGUGAAUCAUCGGUGGCUGGAGAUAAAGCAGUGUUUUCACAAGGCUGGUUCACUGUGCUGUUAUACUUCAGUAGGACUGAGUCAGGGCAGUCUCAUGGUCUUUAUUGUAUUUUCCCCUCGGUUAUGUAAGAGAUGCAGAGGCUUACUUUUCUCGAGGUAGCCUGUGUUCACUCAUUUGUAGACAAAAUUUUAACACUUGUAAGAGAGAGAGAAGCUCAGUAAGAGAUGGUUUCAUCCUGUUUUGAUGUCCUUGUAGAAAAAAAGGCACAUUUCCAAUCAGUUACAUAUAUUCAUUAAUGCAGCAAAUUCUCUGCGCACACAGUCUGGCAUUUGUUGAUGAGCUGUUAGAGGUCGUCCUCCUGCUAAAAACCGCUGUAAGAAUAUUUCUGAAGCAAUAUCCCCUACGAAACAGGAACAGAAAGAUGAGCCUUCAACCACAGUCAGUUUUGAUGUACCCCAUACAAUUCACCAGAGAGUUCAGAUAAUGAAAGCAGAAGUGCAUUUCAACUUGGUGCCAUUAUAAAUAGAGGCUUUUCUUGCCUCCAUCAUGUAAUAUCUGAUAAACCUCAAGUAGAGGCCAGGGUAGCUGGAUAAAUUCUGCUUUUGAGGCUUUCUUCUGCAGCAGCAGAAGCAGCUCUGAGAAGGAAUGAAUACUGAUGAAGACUAGUCAGGCAGCAAGGCUUCAUUUGUAUGAUGUAUUUUAGUCCUCAGCGCAUGUAGAUACAGCUCAAAGUGUAGCCAGCUCUAUUUUAAUUUAAAGGAUAUCAGCAGGAUUUAGGUUUGGAGUUGUGAUUUUUGCAAAAACAAGCCAUUUGUUUACAAUUUCUUUGAGUGAUGUUUUUCAAAUCUCUGAAAGUGUUAGCCCUUUAAUUCCUGAAAUCACAAAUUAUGGUCAGAGAAUUCAGUUUUUUUUUUGGAGCUGAAAUGUUUAUUUCACUUACUACUGAAAACUAGGGCCCGACUGGUACGGAUUUUUUGGGGGCGAUGCCGAUACCGAUUAUUGGGUGGGGGGGGGGUUACCGAUUAAUUGUCCAAUUUUAAUUUUUUUUCUGAAGUUAUAAAAAUAUAUAUAUAUAUACUGCAGAUAUCUACAGUAUACUAUUUACUGUAGAUAUACUGUAGGCUACUGCUCUUCACUCAGACCAGAGAAGCGUUUUCGACUACACCACCCACCCACCCACACCGAUUGGUGCCUCCGCGUCUUAACUCACGUUACUCAUUUCCGGACCGGUCUCAUCUGGAGACAUGCAGCUGCCUCAGUAAGAGAAGUAGCUCGAUCACGUAAUGUGUACUGUUGUUUAUUCUACUGUUACUGGCACGGCUAACAGUGUAGCAAGGCUAAUAGCAGGUGGCUAACUCUAACUUUAGCUUGCAUAUUACAUGGUGCUUCACCGUUAACUUGGCAUGACCGAGACCAGCACAUCGAGGAACAUCAUGAAGUGGGUUGAACUGAAACUUGUUGACUUAUUAUUUACUUGACAAACUGGUUUAUUUACCGUUGAGGCGGACCACUCUCCUCCGUGCGUCCCUGAGCUGCCUGCUUCAGAUCCGUCACUCUGCUGUGCUGUGAGGUAGUUAGUGGAUGAACAUUGUCAUGAGGUCGCUGCGCCAUCUACAGGAUAAGUCGGGGAACUUUUCAAAAGGCGGAACAUUUUCAAAGUGAAACCGAAUCUUAUGCUCCGCGUUUUAUUUGAAAAUGUAAAUAUCAGCGAAAAUCGGCGAGUUUUGGCCGAUUACAGAUUAGUCUCAAACGGGCUAAAAGUGGCUGAUUUAAUCAGUUCGCCGAUAAAUCAGUAAGGCCCCACUGAAAACCAAAAAAAAUCAAAAUGUCCUUAAAAUUUAACAAAAACAUUUAUGUAUCUCGUUUGAUACAUUAGAUGUUUUUGGAAACUGAUAAACCACACGAGGAAAUUUUUAUCAUUUAUCAGACUGUAUUCAGGUGUUUUUUAGUAAUUUGUUGAUCAUAUGGAGUUGAUAGAAGUAUCAUAAAAGUAUGUAUCAAACUCAAAAGGCAUUAAAGGGUUAGUCUAAGGUGGCACAUUCAUAAAGUAAAACGAUUUGAGUUGAAGUUAAAAGAAGUUUGAAUUCUUAAAUAGUUUUGAUCUCCUUUGAGAGAGACUCAAUUUUUUUAACCUCAUACAAUCACAAACAGUUCCUCUGUCUCAACAUGAUGCAUUAAUUAUUAACAUCACACAUCCUCUCUAAUGUGUCUGGGAUACAUGGUCUCUAAUGUUAUCCAUCAGUUUGACGCUCAUUCAGGCUCAGUGGGACCAAUGAUAAUGGAUCCAGCCCCAGGAGAGCCACACAGGCCUGUAAUGCAUCUCAAUCCACUUAGCAUUAACUAAGAUGAGGUGACAUCGGCUUUUGGCAAGGCGUCUGCGACCUGCAUUAAGGUCAGUCUCAUUAGAUGGGUCAGAGUCUUCCAAGAGGCUGGUUUCACAUGUUCUUCAUAGACAACAAGUUUCCCCCUCCAGGUCCAUUGAGAAAACGGUUCAGGCUUUGGCAACAACCAGUAGAAAAUAAAGGCUGACCUCUGGAGAACUGUUCCUUAAAACAGGAUUGUUCUGGGGAACACUUUCAGCACCAUCUGGUUGUCGUUUUUUCUAAAUUUCAGGCAGGUUUUCAAUUUGUGAAGCAGGAAAAACAAAGACAGGUUUCAACGGCCGUCUAGUCGACACAGUGUAGGUGGUGGUCUUGCUGUGUGGUAUCAUCACAGCUGUCAGUCUGGUGUUUGGGGCUAAUGUCACCUGAUUUGUUGGUACACACAUGAAACAACAACAGUCCCUUUUAAUAGCACCUAGCCUCUUUUAGAAUAGUGCUGCCAUGUUUGACAGGUGAGUGGGUGGUCCAGCUCUGUUGUAGGCAAACAGUAACCACCUGUAUCUAAGAAACAGAUGGUGGGAUGGAUGUCCCCUCUCUGCUCUGACAAAUACCAGAGAACUGUUUUCUUUAUAGGGGAACUUAAUGAGCAGCACAAACAGGAUAGUCACUUUUAUUGUUUCUAUUCUUUCCAGGUCCUCGGGUAGCUCUGGCAAGAUUAUUGUCAGGUAAGCAAGCAGUGUAUGUGUUAGUGUAGUGGCUGUGAUGUUUUGUUAGAAUAAAUGAGUCCAGAUUAAACCCUCAACAGAAGCAUUGUUACACCGUCUCUACUUCUGUAAGAGAAUGAAAGCAAUCCCCCGAUAUUCUGUAGUCAUAAACACUGUGGGAGUCUGCUUUGGUGUCAUUGCAGUCCUCAUAUGGGCAAAUUGGGACACAGGCAGCUCUGUGAGGCAUCCUUUAUGUUAAUCACGUGUGGUAUGUAGACCCACAUAGCAGAGACUGUUGCUGAAGGAUACAAACAGACAAAAAGCCUAUAGACUGUGUUAUGUGUGUGUGUAUCUGCUGCAGGUCUAAUGAGGCUCUGUCUCUCCAUUCGGCCUCCAAACAGUAAUGUUGCUUACAGAAACACAUCUUGUUGAUUUUUUUUGAACAAUUUUGGUUGAGAUGGAUAUGUAGAUUUCUCCAGAUGGGUAUGGAUUUAUUCAGUCAGAGGGUGUUACUGAUUUUCUCUUUAAAAGCACUGAUAUGUCUCAGUGUAUUGAAUUUGUGAGCAAGCUCCCAGACUAACAGACUGUGCAUUCUUGUUGUCCGAUAUAUUUCAGUUGAAGUUUGUCCCUAUGGUGUUGUUUUAGUCUUGGCAUUGUGUAACUGUUAAUCAAAUUUUUUUAAAUGUUUUUGCAGUUUUUGCCCUAAUGUUCUGAAAGCUGGUGAUAAACAACUAAUCUGCCUUACACAGUACCAACCCAGGGUAUCCACUAGUAGCCUGGCUGGGUCAUCCUGUUGCGUGAAUCACUUGAUGUUCCUUCCCACCACAGUCUGGACUUCGGCCCAUAGAGAACGUGUAUUCCCGAUCAGAAAAUAACCAGGCCAAUCAGAGACUAUGUUUCCACUGUUACCCGGACAACAGGGAAAGGCAGCCCCUGAUUGGUCCAUGUGUAGUGGUGACAUCUAACACAUGCUGCAGGACUUUUCAAAGUCCCCUUCAUUCAGAACGCCGUUAAUUCUGCAGUUGACUCUGCAAAGUCGGCAGAAAUCUUUUAUAUCCGCAGAAGACGUCGGCUCCACUAGGGCUGGGACGAUAUGCUUUUCUCCUAAUUCGAUUCUUCUACGAUUUUUUGGAUGUCGAUUUUUUUUUUAUUUAAAUUGCGAUUCUACGAUAUUUCUCGAUUUUUAGUCUGCAUUUUUAACACCAGUGAAACAGUUGAAUGAUUACGAUUGUCUACUGACUAUUCCAGGAAUACUAUGGCUAUGUUCACACUGAAGGUCAAUUCUGAUGUUUUAACCAUACGUGACACAUAUCUGAUUUUUUAAUUUAAGUGUGAAUAGUGCAAUUCAGAUUUUUUCAAAUCUGACCCAGGCCUCUUUUGUAUGUGGAUAUAAAUCGGACAAGUAUCCAAUGUGACUGCAGUUUGGACUCUCAGGCGCGUUCAUCCGACCUAUACGUCAUCAAUAUGAGACAAACAUCACCAUUGUUUGACAACACAAACAGGCGCGGAAAGCAAUUUGUGCUUUGUGCGCAUGCGGGUCACUUCACGGACGCAUUCCAUUCCACAUUAGAUGCCACAUUCGUUGUUGUAAUGUCAACAACCGCACAAAAAGAUCGGAUUGAACAAAAAAUCCGAAUUGUGCAUCAUAACCUGCAGUGUGAAUGUGGCCUAAGUCAGUUUUUAUGAUUUAUUCUUAAAUUUGAAAAGAAAAAGAGAUUUUUGAACAUAAAAAUCUAUUCAAAAAUUGUAAAACAAAAAAUCGCAAUACUUAUGUGAAUCGAUUUUUUUCUCCCAACCUUUGUAUCCGCAGGGUCUUAAAAGUCUUAAACUGUCUGAAAUCCAAUAAUUUGAAUUCAAGGCCUCACAAUGUCUAAAAUUCCCUUAAAACCACUUUAAAUGUCUUGGAUAAGAUUUUGAAAGGUCUUCAAAAUGUAUUUACUCUAUUUACAAAUAAAUAAAUAACAUGCCAUAGGACUAAAGAUUGAUUUGAAGUAAUGUAAAAUGUUCCGAUUUCCCUUCAUGUCUUUUGUACUUUUUUGCCAGUAUUGAUGUUAAAUGAGUCUUAAACUGUAUUAAUUACAGUCUUAAGUCUUAAAUUUGACCUGUUGAAACCUGUAGAGACCCUGCCAACCUGAUACCAGUGAGACAUAAAAAAAAUGAUUGCAUGAAUAGGUAGAACUGAAUAAUGUAAAAGGAUAUUAUUCAGUUAUGGAUGUCUUAGUUAACAUGUAACGCAUGAUCCUAUUGAGGUCAGGAAUAAACACAUGACCUUUUUGGUUGACCCCAUGACAUAGGUCCCCUUUGUCACACCAUAGCUAAACCACCACAGAGUCUUCCUGAUUCCUCUUGCAGCUGCUGCUGUAAUGAAAAACACUGCAGACAUUACACACUGAAUAACUCCCUUUAGUCGACAAGUAAAAGAAAGUAAUAUGCACUUAAUGUCAAACAGAUUAAGAUAUCAUCAGAGUACGCUACAGCCUGCAGGUCCAUCUAAUCAGCUAGCUGCAUCACCAAAGCCACCAGAGCACUACUUGAUGAAAUUAAAGUGAAGGAGGGAACUACAGCACAUGCUGAAUGGUUGGCAUUUGAGGUUCAGAUUGGCAUUAGGUGACCAGUCAGAUGUCUUAUCGUCAUGGAGAACAACAGUGUCAUUCAUACAGGACCCUUAUGAAAUAGGGAAAGCAAGUAGAGCUUAGUAGAAUUAGUCAUCUGAUUACAAAAUCAAGACACCGGUAAGAACUGCUUCACACGGUCAUUAUGAACUUUGACUGUUUUGAAAAGCAAAAUAAUCUCAUUUUAAAAGCCGCCAUCAAUCACAGUGAGCUAUUUUAAUAUGGCAAUAUAAUUGUGAUCGAUGGUAUUGUUUUAUAGUCCUCUAAUAAAAAGAUAUGGCACAGAUUAUUCCGGAUGCAUUUCUUUCUUUUUCUCUGUCUUUUUUUUUUGUGCGUCUGCCAGAGAUAAACACUGAGUUAUUAAAUUUAAACCAGGACUCAGUGGAGAAAGAGAUGCUUGUGGUUAAUUUGGGGCCCUUACUCCUGUGAUGAAAUAAUGAACACUGAUGGAAAACAUCCACUGGAGCUGAUCCCAGUGGACAGAGGGUAGGAUUGGGUUUAGACUGGACAGGAUGACAGCCAGUGACGGGGCUGGCUCAUGUAGAGACAGGCGGCCUUUUACACUUAUUCAACUAGUUGUACUCAAGCCAACUUUGAACCGAACCCAAGCAUGCACUUAAGGCCUCAUCCUGUGGAUUCACCAACAGUCUUGAUGCUGGAAGGCCACAGCGCUAACAUGGGGUGGGAGAAAAAAUCGAUACGGUAUAGUAUCACAAUAUUUUGUCUGGUGAUACAUUCAAAUUAAUUGCUAAUAUGAAGUCAAAUCUAUGAUAACGGAAAAACAAAAUCAACUGUUUAUCCAGUGAGGCUGACAGAGGUGACGUCAUAGAGCAGGAGAAAGUUAGUACAACAAAUAUGUACUGGGUUUGCAAGAUGUACUACAUGAAAAUAAAAUACAGUGUGAACAAGACAAACAUAAAGGAAAGACAAACGCUAAAUUAUCUUAACAGUUGAAAAAAUUAUAUAGAUCGCAGAAUAUUGUAUCGCAAUACUCACUGUAUUGCAAAAUAUUAAAAAUCGCAACAGUAUCAUAUCAUGGUUCCGUUAUUGGCACGGCUAACAGUGUAGCAAGGCUAAUAGCAGAUGGCUAACUCUAACUUUAGCUUGCAUAUUACAUGGUGCUUCACUGUUAACUUGGCAUGACCGAGACCAGCACAGUGGGGAAAAUCGUGAAGUGGGUUGAACUGAAACUUGUUGACUUAUUGUGUAUUUCACAAACUGGUUUAUUUACCGUUGAGGCGGACCACUCUCCUCAGUGCGUCCCUGAGCUGCCUGCUUCAGAUCCGUCACUCUGCUGUGCUGUGAGGUAGUUAGUGGAUGAAGAUUGUCAUGAGGUCGCUGCGCCAUCUACAGGAUAAAAAGUCGGGGAACAUUUUCAAAGUGAAACCGAAUCUUAUUCUCUGCUUUUUAUUUCUGAAAAUAUCUGCGAAAAUCUGCGAGAUUUGUCUGAUUACCGAUUAGUCUCAAACGGGCUAAAAGUGGCCGAUUUAAUUGGCUCGCCGAUAAAUCGGUCGGGCCCUACACCACACCACUCUCGAGCAGCAUGCUAACCAAAAGAGACGAGAGCAAAAAAAAACAAACAAAAAGAAACACCCACAGCAUUUGCAAAUAGAUCUUGCCGGUGUCACCACUAGUGCAUGCAAAGCAGAGGAAAAAUAUCAACCUCCUAACUAUUAUGCUGUAUUAGAAACAACACAGUCCCCAAGGUUUCAUGUAGUCCUCUGCUGGACUCUGAAAGUGUUCUUGGUCACGCACAGGUUUGACGACACUAUCUCUCAUGUUGUGUUACAGAGCAGCGCUGCAGCCCGGGGCAGUUCGCCUGCCGCAGUGGGAAGAUGCAGUGUAUCCCCAUGUCCUGGCAGUGUGAUGGCUGGACAGCGUGCGAUGACAAGAGUGACGAGAUGGACUGUCCCCGUGAGUAUGAGUCACUUAAGCCUUUUUACGCCCACUCUGUUACCUAACGAGUGUAACAAGAUGAUCACUGCGAAGGACGGCAAAGACCAAGAACGGUUCUGCUCUCAGACAAUCCCAUCAUACCUGAACAGCUCUCAAUUCAGGUGUGAGUACUGGAGGGCGGUGUUAGAGUUCAGUAUCCAGAGAUGUUGAGUGGAGAGCAUAUAGACGUGAAUAUGACCUUGUCACACAUGCAAAAUACAACAACAAAGCCCUCAUCACUGCUACAGUCCAGCUGCUUCAUCUAAUCAAACAGCUCUGAGAUGAUAUCAGCCUGCAGGUAAGGAGUAGUAACACGAAUCGUGCGCAGCGGAUUUACCAGCUCCUGACUGACAGCAUCAGAUGGCAGACUGAGGCCGAGUUAAAUUUUGAGUGGCCGCACAUGUGUAUCUGUGUUGUUUACUGCUUGUUGAUCUCUUCAACACUACAUAAAUAUUGCAGCAGCAGCUAAUCCUCGGACUGAAAUCCUAUUGUUUGCCCCUCCUAAGUCCGGAGAGACCUUAUCCCCAGAUCUCUGACCGCAUAAUAGGAAUUAUUGAAAGGAUUGAGUUCAGCAUGUGACCUCCAUACAGCAGCAGUUAUGCAUGCUUUGGGGUAAAUGCUGCAGGCCUGGACUCUAUUCAUUCCUCAGUUUAAACCCUUUUUAUCAAACAGCAUUAAGGGCAGAGCUGGUCGUUCAAACGUCAACGCUAAACAUUGAUUCUUUCACCAAUAAUCAGUUAUGAAAGUUUCCAUGACGAUAAACUUUGAUAAAGAUGAAAGAUAACCCAUAAACGAUCCCCCAGGCCUCAGUGAAGGUUUAUUUUCCUCUAAAUCAACAGCAUACCUAGAAAUCAGUGUUCCAGUAUGGGAUAAGCUCUUUGAUGAAAAACUCAGAGAAGGUUGAGCAAUCCGUCACAGUAACUCUGGCAAACCAAACACAAGUAGAAACUGUUUAACCUCACAGCUUACAUGCAGGUCAGAGAGGAGGAGAAGGUACGGCUUGUGGCUGUUAAAUGGAUAACCAGACAGCAACAAGCACUUAGCAGACUGUACAAAUGUAAAACAGGCUGCAAACAAGACGACUUGACACAUGGACAGUGUGGUCUAGUUUAAUCAUACAGACGACACUGUAUGAGCCAUUUUAUCUAUGUUAUUUUUUGGGUUUUGUUUUGUUUUGUUACUUGCACAAUUACCACAAGGGGCACUUCAGGUGAAUGGGCAGGUAAAGCAGUGAUUUGGGGAACGGGAAGAGCACACAGUUUUUACCGCUAAUCUCUGACACCACUCUCACCCUCAUCACGAACAUCACCUUCGUUGUAAAUUGGACGAAUCUGUCUUUUUUUCUGUUUGUUUUUCAUUUAAUCAAUAAAUGGCAAAAAUAUAACUCAACAACCUUGGAUUGGAUAUUGGAUUGUACUAAGAGUGCGUCAGAAAGUGACUGACGGUCACAGUGACUAAAAUUCAGGUCAGCAUAGUCACUACAGACACCUUUAUAACAGGGGUGUCAAACUCAACCACAGCAAGGGCCAUAAUCUGGAUUUAGGUCUAACCUGAGGACCAAACAGGGUCAACAUUUCACCAAAACUGUCAACUUCCUUUUCAAAAUAAAUAUAACAAAAAUAGCAAUAAUUAUAAAUCAUUUGGAAAUUCAAAAAAAAGAUAAAAAGAAAAGUUUAAAGGCAAUCUGAAAUAGAAAAUUUUUAAUUUUUUAUUCUAUUUUUUUUUUUUUAUUAGUUCAAAACAUCAGAGCAUGACAUUAAAAAUAGAAAAAUAAUGCUUUUAAAGAGCAAAUACACGAGGAGAACAUUAAAAUCAGGGUUAAAAGGUUAAAAUAUGACUUAAAAUUUAAAAUGGGAAUUUUAAGUGACACAAGUCUAAAUACUGAGUUGAACAAAAUCAAAGCAUGAAAUAAAAAAUCCAAUCAUGUUUGACUUGUAAUCUUGAGAUGCAAAAUUGAAAACAUGAAAUAAAACACCAAAUAUUUUCCCCCACAUUAUCAAAUCUUCCUUACUCUUUAAUUUCCCAGAUUUUUGUGGUUUAUUAAGGACAUUUUAAAUAAUAGUGCUAAAGUUUACAUUAUUAUACUGGAGGAAAUCUGCAGACUUCAUACUGGUGGGCCAAUAAUAAUACAAAUAUGAUAUGAUCUCGUGGGCCAGAUCUGAUUGUUGCUCUGGCCGGAUUUGAGGAAAAGCCUUUGCUCACAUAUGACUCAAAAGAAAGAGGCUAAAUAACUGCACAUGUUUACCUUUAAUCUGUUGUUUUGCAGCCAUAAAGGAGGAGAGGUUUCGUUUUGGUAAUGGAUACGACCAGGUAGAAGAUGUCAUUGGUGUGGCACAGCCUGUCCGCUUCAACAGUAAGCUUUAGAUUCAUUUUUAACCUGCUAAAUGUCUUUGAAAGACCGAGUGUCAGUCAGAUACAAUCCUGAAACUCUCUUAUUCUGUCCACAGAGAAAUGCCCGAGUGGAUGGCACCACUACGAAAAGACAGCCAGCUGUUAUAAAGUGUACCUGAGGAACGAGAACUACUGGCAGGCCGUGGACACCUGUCAGAAAGUCAACGGCUCUUUGGCCACUUUUGGUACCAACGAGGAGCUGCAGUUCAUACUGAAGAUCGAGGUCGACUUCGACGACAAAGUCUGUGAGCGCAGAGACCAGUGCAAGUGAGUUUUGAAUAUAUUCAUUUUUCUAAGUGUUGCACACGCCUAAGCCUCAGAUAGUUAAUAAUGUGUGAUUUACUAAAGUGCCUUUUUAUGCAUUUAAAUUCAGAGCACUUCUCAAAUAAAGAGCAAAAACAAACCCUCAAUUUGACUGUCAAAGCUGCAGGUGCGGCUCUUUCUUUAGCACUUUAUUUGGUCCUAAUGAAGAGAGGAACUAUCUGACUUAAUGCACGCCUGAAAUCUCCAAAUAAUGCUUUCAUGUAUUUAUGGAAAAGUUCACUUUAAAAACUCCAUGUUAACUUCUGAAGUCAAAAGAUUGCUUUUUCAUUCAUGUAUUUUUUUUAUGGACUUGUGGAGCUUUAACUUUGCUGUUGCUGACCUCUAUUGUCUGAGUAAAAUCAGAUCUCCUGAUUUGAUGCGAAGGAGUGAUACUGCUGGUUCAAGGGUUGCAGGCCCUCUAGUGGACACAAGUGGAAGUAUAAAGUGUUAAAUACAACACAGCACAUCACGGAUCUAAACUUCUUGUGAAUUCUCUGUUUGUGUUUGUUCUAGGUUUUGGGUGGGGUACCAGUAUGUGAUCACCAAUCAGAACCACUCCCUAGAGGGACGCUGGGAAGUGGCCUACAAAGGUGUCUAUCUGCUCUUGCAGCAAACAUGUAUUUUUUUUUUAUUUAAGUCUGAUCUGUAAUGCUUAAAAAUGUUUAUCCUUCUCCCCUCCUCAGGGUCCAUGCAGGUGUUUCUGCCACCUGAAGGUCUCACCAAUUUUGGGGAAGCAUCUCCCACUCAGGACAACGUCUUCUGUGCCCAGCUCCAGCGCUUUCAGAUUAAAAGCAUGAAUGAACGAGGCCUGCACAGCUGGCACGCUGAGAACUGCUACAAGAAGUUUCCCUUCCUCUGCAAGAGGAGUGAGUGCUCAUUGACUCCUGUCCUUGAAAGCAUUAGACGUCCUCCAUUCAUAAAUUUAACAUUUUCAUGAUGUUGUAUUCCCUCCACAGGGCAAACCUGCGUGGAUAUCAAAGACAACGUCGUGAACGAGGGCUACUACUUCACCCCUAAAGGAGACGACCCCUGUCUGAGCUGCACGUGUCACGACGGAGAACCGGAGAUGUGUGUGGCGGCGCUGUGUGAGCGCCCACAGGGCUGCCAGCACUUCCGCAAAGAUCCUAAAGAGUGCUGCAAGUUCACCUGUCUGGAUCCAGGUACGGUUACACCUCCCUCAUCUUAGCCACAUUUAGAUAUCUGUGUAGAUUCAGAUUUGAGCUCUAGUUUGCUAUAGCUGCUGUUGGAAAGGUGUUCACAUGAAAAGAUUGCCAUGUCCAGGGCUCAACAGUGUGACAGUUUCAUUCACAUUUGCGACUAAAAGCAGAUGUGUGCAAAUUGUAAAAUAAUCUAGGGGCAGAUGUGCGCAUAAAAAAAAUUAGCCGAGGCAACAAAUAUUUUUUUAUGUUAAUACUGCUAAUAAAUUUACGGUUGAUGUUCUCAAAAAAGGCUGUUUUCCUUCGAUAGCUUCCAUGUCAUGCGACCAAUUGACCUAAAAUUGAUCUUAAAUAAUAGUACUUAAGUCGACCAAUAAGCCCUGCAUCUCAGUGCUCACAGUCAAGUAGUUAAAGCAUUGUUUUUUAAAGCACUUAAAAUUUUAUUUAAAGAUGUUUUUCUAGAGUCUAAAUUCAGCAGAUUGUUGUGAAGAAUAUUUUUCUAUUUUGUCCAUUUCUUCCCGUCAGAUGGAAACAGCCUGUUCGACUCGAUGGCCAGCGGGAUGAGGCUGAUCGUCAGCUGCAUCUCGUCCUUCCUCAUCCUCUCGCUGCUGCUCUUCAUGGUGCACAGACUCCGACAGCGGAGACGUGAACGCAUCGAAACUCUGAUUGGAGGAAACUGUGAGCAUUCGACUUAUUGAACACAAACACGCAGACAUGCACACUCACACACACACUCUCUCUGAUCCAUGACCGUGUUGUUAUGUAAUAAGGCUUCAUAAUGAGUUUCUGUUACACUAACUGCAGCAGUUAAUUUCACAGGGCUUGAGUAAUAAAUCACUAUUUCUCAAAGAUUUCAUGCUGACAGCAUGUUAACACUCUGUUUCAACAGUAAUUGCUCAUAUUAGCGGUAAUACAGAUUCCCAUCGCUGCUUCAGGAGAUAAAGGAGAACAUCCGUCUCUUAAGAAAAACAGAACCUUUCUAAACAAUUCAGUCGGCUAAAUCCUCUUUUUUUAAACUAAUUCAAUAUGUUUUGUAAAUGAAGUCGUCUUUCAAAAGUCUGGAUGUCUGAUCUUGUUGUCAAUACUGUUCAGCAGUGUUUUCACAUCCUCGUCUGUCUUUCGUCAGUGCACCACUUUAACCUUGGAAGAAGAGUCCCAGGCUUCGACUACGGCCCAGACGCCUUUGGCACCGGCCUCACUCCCCUGCAUCUGUCUGAUGAUGGAGAGGGAGGCGCUUUCCAUUUCCAAGAGCCUCCCCCGCCAUACGCAGCCUACAAAUACCCCGACAUCCAGCAUCCCGACGACCCCCCUCCUCCAUACGAAGCGUCCAUCAACCCAGACAGCCUCCUCUAUGUGGACCUUGGUAAGCAAUGACCUUGUUUUGAUCAAAUCUGAGUGUUUACAGAGACACGCUCUCAUCUUUAUGUCCACACUUUGCCGGACCUUCAGGACACAGCGGGGUUGCCAUGGUGCCGAGCCAGAUGAACACCAUAGGAGAUGGACUGCAUGCCGAUAUCCCAGACGCCUCUGGUCCCGUGUCGAACUCAGUGCCGUCAUCUCAGGAGAGAGAGGACUCCAUAGAUAGCAGCACCCUGCUGGUGGGUCCUGACACUCCGACAGAUGGAAACGCCCCCGCCUCCAUGCCUGCAGACUCCUCCCUCAGCACUGUGGUAUAGGACUGUGGACACGGAGCUGUAUCUGGACACACACCGUAGAACGAGGAGGGCCGUGUGUGCACUCUGCAGCAGGAGAGGACGCGGCAGACUGUUGUGUAGUUAAAGCUUGUACAGACAUAUCAGAGGCAGGAGUUACAGCGAUGCCAGGACGCCGUCUUUCUGGAGACUCAUCUGCAGGCGGCCCUACAGAGCGUAUGUUUGAAAGACAGCAGCUUGUGGGAGUGAGGACUGUUUCUGUAUAAAGAAAGAGGCGGGAAAAAAAGCUGCUCUUUUACUUUUAGUGUCGGCUUAGCACAGCUUUCGUAACAUCUCAGAGUCGGUCUGAUUGGUGGAGGAACCCUGAUGUAAAUACCCCUCAGGUCUGUGCCGGUCAGAUUAGUUAAACACGUGCGUCAGAGUCCAGCACAAGGCGAAGAAUGACGGACGGACAGCUGAGCCAGCCAAUGCCCCCUUGUGCGUUUUUGUUAGCGUCAUACUGUCGUUCAAACCGAUCGGAAUUAUCUCCAGGCUUCAAUACUCAUCAAAUCCGUCUCUCCCGGCAUGUCGCAGAUCUCAACUUCUACGAGCUCAUGAAAAUCUGUCCUCUCACUUUCUUAUAGGUCUGAUACAUGAAGUGGUCUUCCAGGUUUAUAGCGCACACUUGCGGCAAAAGACGUUUUGUAAUACUGAGGUUCAACUUUGCAGAAGGUACGGUUAGUUUCCUGCAAAAAGGGUUUUUAUUGGGUCUAACACAAAGAAAUGUGUCGGGGGGGAAUUCGUGGUGGUACUUGAAAAAUAUCUGAGUUAGGUAUCGUUCUUUUUGAUUCUAAUUUAUGACUGCAGGCUGUAAUCUUGUUAGUUUAACGGAGGGAGGGGGGGAGACACAGUCUGAACUGUCCACUGAUCAGCGAUGACGCUCAACUGUGAAGAUUAGGGAUGAUGAUAUCCCGCUAACAGAUUUGGUAAAUCGGUUUAUUUAACACGACUGCUCCAAUCAUUAAGUUGCUUGAUCAUGCAGAAGCUCCCGUCGUUGUUGCUUUAUCAUUAACUCUUCGCAGGAUAGUUGUGUAUUUGCUAAUUGAACCAUGUUAAGUAACUCAAAAGCUUAAUGUUUUGCACGCUCAUCUCUUGAUUAAUUCAGGGUUUUUGUCUUUGUUUUUUUCUUUUUCUUUUGAUUUUGGGAAUAAAUCUGUCAGGUGUCAUAUUUGGAUGCUGCCCCCCUUCUUCAUCCUGAUGUGUUUCUACAUGUGAUUGUUUUCAGCUACUGAUGAAGAUAAUGUCACUGACUGUAGCUGUGAGUCUUUUUGUGUUUGCUGUUGUUGAUGGGUCUGUUACUGUUACUCUGAUUUUUUUUGGGUGGGAUAGCAGUGAACAAUUAUUGUAAUAAAAAGAAAAUGAUGAAAAAUACUUAGACCCCUGUUAUGAUGACAAUCGGUGGAUUCACUCAAGGAUUCAUUUUGAAAGAAGUUUGUCGAUCAGAGACCCACAACCACCAGCAAUUUGACAGCUUUUUAUAUGCUAGAAAAACCAGCUGUAAAUGUGUCCGUAUGACUGUGCACGUCUGUGUAUCUCAUGUUUGAAUGUAUGUUAUUUUUCCCUAUUUUAUAUGUUAUUUUUAUUUUGGCUUUGACAAUCCACAGAGGAUUAUCCAACCGACAAAAUCUGAAAAUUGUGGAAUCGAGUAAAACUGUGCAUGUGUGUAUAGGAAAGAGAUGAGUUUGGAUUUUAUUCUUUUUUUUUCUUUUCUCCCAUCGAGUUAGUUUCGUUUGAUUUUUUUAAAACUGCUUUCUUGCCCUGAGGUGCAUGGUUUUUUAUUAUUUGGCAUGCUGAAAGAUUUUUCUUUUGAUGGAAACAUUUUUAGCUCGGCAGACUGUCCUGUACAGUAGGUUCAAAGACUAUGUGUGCAUUAAAAAAAAUCCUGCCCAUGACCCCAACAGCUGCAUUGACACUGUAGUUUCUGUGUAGGACUAUGGUGGUGUUAAAACUAAUUUUACUGGAUUUGGAAAUGUUUUAUGUAUAAUGCAUCAAUUGCUACAUUACAUUGUCUUUUAUUUCAUAGCCUUUUAAAUAAAAAAAAAGAAGUGCUUCAUUUGCAGGGGCCGGGCUUGUGUUUUUCUGAGGUAGAUGUACAUUUAACCAAAUGCCAAAUAAACUGCACCAUGAAGGAUGACUCAUGCGUCA